AUGGCCUUUGGCCUACCGAAAGAGCACAUCUACGAUAAGGGCGAGGCGAGCGGCAAGCGAGAAGGGAUUUUCUACAUGGAAUCGAGGGGCCAGUGGCGCAGCCUGACCACCUGCAGGCGUAUCACAGCUGCUCCGCCCCGUCAGUUCAUCCCCAAAUACAUCAGGCGCCCCCCGAAUCUCAGCGGACAGUGGCUGCCCCGCACUUUUCGGCCUUUAUUUCUCGCGGGGACGGACCUGUCGUCAACGUCAACGUCCAUCAUGGCUGAUCCCAUGUCAGUCGUCGGCCUGGUGGUCGGGGUGAUUUCAUUCGGCCUGGACCUCUGUGGUGGAAUCAACACAUACCUCGACAGGCUCAAUGCCCGACCAGAUGACAUCCAGAGGGCAAAGGCCUCGGUAUCGACUAUGAGGGUCUUGCUCGCAAAGAUCGACUCCAUAGCGAGCGGUCUUCCGGACAAGCGCAUCAUCGACCCAUCAGUGCUGGAAUGCGAAUCCCGCAUCAAAGAUCUCGGCAAGAUCGUUACUGAACUUACUGGUGAAGAAACGGGAGGCAACAGCCUCCGGUUCCGGGUGAAGGAAAAGAGCAAAAAGCUCAUGUACCCCUUCCGUCGCGAAGCUCUGCAGCAGCUGGAAAGCAGUCUUGCUAUAGUGAACAGCUCCCUGCAGACAGCAUUGAUGGUGUUCAACUUAGAACAAACUGUGCAGAUUGGAAGAGCAGCGCAACAGAUGAGUCAGGACCUCUCGCAGCUAGUAGCUCGUCUCACAGUACAGGAUGCAACCUUCUCAGCUGCAACAAGUCCAGCCACUUUAAAAACACAAGGGGCGCUUCGAGGGCUUCUAUCCAAACCUAGCUACUUCAGGGAGGUGGCUGAUCAACAACGGUACUCUUUGUCAUCAUACGACCCGGCUGCGAAGCAAAAGUCAGAGGUGUCCCUGGCAAUGGCAGAUUGCCAGUGUCAUCAAACCGGCUCCUCCGUCCGCAGUCAAAGAACGUGGGGCUCUUGGGCCUUUUCGCAAGAAACACGGGUUUCUCAGCGACACUUGGCUGGCUGUCGACUAGCCAAGCUGAGAGGCAAAGAACAAAGGCAAAAGCUCGCCCUUCGAUACACGGGACUUGGUCGUCUGAUGGGUGUGGCGUUGCAAAUGUCAUUGGCCAUCACCAAUGGCGCCGGGGGUUGCGCCAUCAGCCCGUUUCUUUGCUAUUCGCCCGUGGUUGAUGAGCGCACUUCGCCUGCGUUUCGCGUCCUUGACUUUGCCGCUCGCCUCAUCCCUACAUAUAGAUCGUUGUACUACUCCCAAAUAAUAUCCGGCGAGACUGGGGCCACUUGUGCCGAGAUUAUAAGGGGUUGUAUGGACAGCCUCCUGGUAUUGUAUUCGAAGGGUCUGGCGUCUCCUCGAGACAUUGACUCCCUGGGACGUUCGGCUAUGCAUGUCCUCGUAGGAAUCUUGGUUGGUACUUUUCAAGUGGCUCGAGCUGGUGGUUGACUGCUAAUAAAAAAACAUGGCAUCUCAGCUAAAAACAUAUUCCGUCUGCGGCGAUCAUGCUGAACAGUUUGCAUACCG